UUGGAAUCUUCUCUGUUAGAGUGGUUGCUUGAAAUAAGCACCACCAUCUUAAGGGCAGCUGCCAUCCUAUUUUAGUGGUUCAUGAUCUACUAAGUUCUUCGUGGCAAACCAUGGAGUUGAUCAACACAACCAACCCAUCCAACAUCUCAAACAUGGACAUCGACUACUGUGAUGCCUAUUGUAAGAUGCUUCUGCUAGCCCUCUAUGGCAUGAUUUUCCUGGUUGGCACUGCUGGCACCAUUAUGAUUUCACCCAUGAUGCUCAGAAGAAAUAGCCAGUCGAUGAUUUCCACCGCGGUCCUCAAUAUUGUGGUGUUGCACUCCAUCCUUUUGGCUAGCCUUCCAUUCCGCCUCAGCUACUACCUCUCUGGCAUCUGGGAGCUUGGGUACUUUACCUGCCGGGUGGUGAGUGCCAUCCUCUAUGGCCAUAUGUACUUCACCUUUAUUUUCUACGUGGCCAUCGUGACUCUCCGGCUACUCAUCUAUUUUAAGAAACUCCAAAUGCAACCAUUCCAAAAGUACCAUGCAAUCAUGCUAAGCAUGGCUAUUUGGAUAGUGGCUGGCCUCAUUUUUUUGCCAAUAUUUUUUUUGCAAUAUGGCACAGACCCAAGUUACUCAAAGAAACAGCGAUGCUUUGAGUUCCACAGAGAUCUCCACCACCAGGGCAUGGUCAUCCUGAACUAUUCUGUUAUUGUUGUCAUCAUGGCGACCGUGCUGAUCCUCUUUCUCUUGCAGAUGGCCGUCAUCCUGCAGUUGAUGAAGGCUCAUUGGCCAGACAUGUGGGCCCACCAAGAGUUUAGAGCCCAGAUCAAGAGUUUCUUCUUCCUCUUAGUAAUAGUUGUAUGUUUUAUACCUCACCAUGCAUUCCGGGUCUACUUUAUUGACCAGUAUUCAGGGAAAGAAAGCUCAAAGUUAGUACUUUACAAUGAAAUCUGUCUUGCUUUGACAACUGUCUGUUGCCUGGAUGUGCCAUGUUUCAUAGGAGGAAUUGUCCACUAAGCCUUCCCACACACCUUGUGCAUCAUUUUCCCACACCGGAAUGACACUGUUUCUGUACUGCUAUGAUUUCCGAAGUGUUCCCCAAAUUCUCAAAUCCUCAGAUUAUGUUUAAUCAACAUUGUUUUCUACCAAGAAAAAAGCAAUGAGGAUUGAUUAUUUCCUUCUUCUUAAGGAAUAAACAUCAUAGAACAUGCUCAAUCCUUAGAACGCGAGAA